UCACCCCCCUGGCCGACCGUUCGACCUUCAGGAUACUUCAUCUGCAGCCACACACACACACGCUGCUACUGCUGCGACUGAGUUUCUCACUCUCUCUGUCUCACACACACAGAAACUCACACAGAAAGGGAUAUAGAGAAGAGAGAGAGACAGAAAAAUAGCAAGCAGCCCUUGAGAGUAGGGCUUCACACUUUUUAUUGAGGCCUGGUGACAUGAAGAACUCUACUGGGAUGCAGAACUCCACACCAGUCUGAUUGAAUGGCCCCCUCUGUAGCAGCCAUGACCCCAGAGCAGCUCCUGGGCCCGCAGGUAUGCAGUCCUGUAGGGGAAAUAAAGGUCUUGCCUGAGGAGGAACGAGGGGAGGAGUCUGACCCCUGUCCCCAGGAAGUGAUGGACUGCUAUGGCCACUCCCCCUCAAUGACUCACAGCCCCAGCACCAACAGUCUUAGCAGUGAGGAGCCCUUCUGUCGUAUCUGCCACGAGGGAGGGGGUGUCGGGGAGCUGCUCUCCCCCUGUGAGUGUGCAGGGACGCUGGCCAUGGUCCACCGAGGCUGCCUGGAACACUGGCUCACUGCCUCCAACAGCAGCCGCUGUGAACUCUGCCACCACCAGUACGCCCUGGAGAGACUGCCCAAGCCACUCACUGAGUGGCUGGGCUCACCAGCCAUGCAGCACCAGAGACGGACGCUCUGCGGUGACGUCAUCUGCUUCCUGUUCAUCACGCCGCUGGCUAGCCUAUCAGGAUGGCUGUGUGUGCAGGGUGCCAUGGACCUGUAUUUCAGUAACAGUAUGGAGGCUGUUGGACUCAUGGUGCUCACCCUGGCUCUCUUCACCAUCUACUGCUUCUGGACUGUGGUGUCGCUGCGCUACCACAUCCACCUGUUCAGGACGUGGAAACAGACAGACCAGAGAGUUAGGCUACAGAUCCCCCGACCAGCACGAACCAUGCACACACACCACACACUGAACCUCAGCUUCCUUAGCAAGGCCACCAGAAAGGAGACUGUGGUGUAGAUGGAGUGGAACUGGGUGCAGUGUCCACGAUACUUUGGCAAGAAGACUGUGAUGUUGCCAGAAUGGGACGGGGUCUAGUGUCACAUUUCUAGUGUCACAUUUAACAGGUCCCCAGUGUCCGGUCUGGAGCGUGAAGUCACAAGCUCUGCUGGUUGGCUACUGCAUAGCAACCUAGUGGUGCCAAAACCCCUGGUCUGCCCUAAAAAGCCUAUGUCAACCAUCGCCAGAACGGCCAAACAUAUAUAUUUUUACGCCCGUUUUGGACUCCAAAAUGUGUUUAUUAUGAUCAAUUUCAAUCCCGAUGGUGAAUUAUUUAAAAGUUCGCUACAAAUCGAGAAAUUGUAUUAAAUAGUGAUCCAUUCUGACUGCUACAUUUGUCAUCACACAGGAUCAGGUGCUGACUCAGACCAAUCAGGGACCAUAAAGCUACGAGCAGGCUCUCUCAGGCAGGAUGAAAACGACUACAUCGACCGUGAUCCUUCGCUAGUUACUGCCACUUUCACCAUGAUCCUUAGUGAUUCUUUGGCGCCAUUCAGCAAUAUGGUCCGCUUCAAAUUCAAAUAAUUCCAUGCGCCAUCGGGAGCUUUCAUAGGAACACGUGGAUGACGUCAGCGCUAUCACCAUACUGGUUUUAAUGUAUAUGGUUUCCUGGGCAAGGAUACUUUGGUGUAGCUGGAGUGGGACUGGUCCCAGUAUCCACUGUACGCUCAGCAAGGAGACAAUGACAUGAGCAAGGAGACUGUGGUGUAGCUGGAUUGAAACCAGGCCAGAUCUCACUAAGGAUACAGUGGUGUUGCUGUAAUGGGACUGGGCCUAGUCCUCAUGCUGCUUCAACAAGGAUACAAGGUUCAUUUCUUUAGAAUAAGGCCCCGUCUCUACACUUUUUUAACAAAGACUUGGAUCAAGGAGACAGCAAUGAAAAUGUUCUACCAAGGAACCUUCAGAGGACCAAACCUUUCUCUGCGGAGAAUACUUUUUAUAUAUUUAUAGACACCAGCCUUUGAGACUUACUCAGUUGAACAUAACUAUUUUCUAAAGACUGUUUUGUAAAAGAGUGAUGAGAUUAAUGACAAUGAAAUUGAUGUCCCACUCCCAGUUGAUGUUGGGCCCAGAGUUUUUUCCAACCCUGUUCCCAGACUAUGAAGAAAAAAAACCUCUUGGACUCUUGUUUAGAAUGACUAGUUAUCGUUCACUAAACACGAUUUGUUACACCUGCAAAUAACCACCAUAGUUAGACGUGCAAACAUCUUUAAAGGACAUUUCACUCAAAAGGUUUGUUAGAUAUUUGGAGCUAUAUUCCUCAAUGAUGAACACUGUCUAAUUUCCUGGUUUCCUGCUUAACAACCAAUGUUGUGGGAUGUGGCUACAUUUUUACAUCAGACUACUUUGAGGUUUGAAAACGUCUGACAAACUUUGACUUGAAAGUGUAAUGUCUCUUUAAGUGACAUUUGAAAACAAUCUUUCCUGAGGACCACAAAGUCAGAAAUGUUGCUUUGAUGAUCUGUGGUGUUUAUACAAAUCUUUAGUUCCACUUUAUACUAAGUUUGUCACUACAAACACUGUGGCUAAUUACUGUUGUAAUAUCACUAGAGUAACUUCAGCAUUACUACAGAGGUAUAAGAGAACCAUUUUAUGUAAAGGGUUAUCCAUGGUCUUUCCAGGCACAGGCUAUACCAAACCACACCAACAAUAAACCAAACACUGACAUUAGUUAAGGAAAAAUCUUUAUUGAAAUCAUAAGUAUUUUGGUGCAUAAGGACAAGCCAACAUUGAGUUUCUACGGACGUCAAUCGGACGUUCAGAGGAUGUUACAGUUAGUUGUUUUUAUAAAUAGAAAGAAAAUAAAGUUUCAGAAAUAAAAUAAGAAACAAUAUUGCAAAGCCACCAAAGCAUCCUGUCAAACACAGGCAAAGCAUCCUGUGAAACACAGGCAAAGCAUCCUGUGAAACACAGGCAAAGCAUCCUGUGAAACACAGGCAAAGCAUCCUGUGAAACACAGGCAAAGCAUCCUGUGAAACACAGGCAAAGCAUCCUGUGAAACACAGGCAAAGCAUCCUGUGAAACACAGGCAAAGCAUCCUGUGAAACACAGGCAAAGCAUCCUGUGAAACACAGGCAAAGCAUCCUGUGAAACACAGGAAAAGCAUCCUGUCAAACACAGGAAAAGCAUCCUGUCAAACACAGGAAAAGCAUCCUGUCAAACACAGGAAAAGCAUCCUGUCCACAUACUUCCUCUCUCAAUGGCAAAAGGUGCUGCAGGUUAAAGGGUAAAAACACCAGAAAACAUUCAUCUUACAGUUAGUUAUAGUACUAACAUACUGUAACACCAUACAAGUGGAACAAUCGGUCACUUUCCCAAACAGGAUUUGAAACAGUCAGGACACAAGGCAUAUUCAUACUGUAUGACAAAUGAAACAGAUUUUCUUAAAAACUUUGACAAUUGAAUGAUGUGGCAUUAAAGACAGUAAGGCGCAUAUGAAUGUCACUCGCAGCAAGCGGGAGGAGAGAUGUGUUAGGAACGCCAGAAUAGCAGGACAAACGCCAUGUCGCUGCUUAAAGAAUACAAGCCUGGUCCCAGAUCUGUCUGUGCUGUUUAGACAAAUGACCAUAGGAGUUGACUAGACAGCACUAACAGAUCUGCAAUUUUAAAGGGCUACCCACUAUUUUUCCAGGUACAGGCAACUAUACAACCAGCCAAACUCUUGCAUUAGUUUAGGAAAAAUCUGCAUUGAAAUCACACACAUUUGUGUAGCAGUGCUCCCAAAUCACCAUCAAGCUCCCACAGGGCACAUAAAUAAUACCAUUGGUGACAUGGCCAGUGUCAAAUGACACCCACUUCCCUGUGCAGUGCCCACGCUGUGGUUCAUGGCAAAGUAACGCACUAUGUAGGGGAUAGGAUGUCGUUGUAGCCGUUCCAGUGGUAUUCCUGGGAAUUCCCGGGUCGGAUGCAGCGUUCUCAGGUCAGAAUUGUGAAAGGAGGAAGGUGGAGUUACAUAACAGAGCAACUCUCGUUUGUUCCCCCCGGAGCCUGGAAAACAUACAACAGUGUCAGUGAAGAGAUACACACGCUCAGCCUCUUGACACAUGCCUCGUGCAAACACUCAAACAUACAAUUAGUACAGCAAUGAUCACCCACACACCUCACACAAACAAUUAGACUCAUAAUGUGUGCGUUGGCCAGCACACAGCAAGCAUGGUUCAUGCAGGGGUGAGGAACACACAGCAAGCUGAGCAAGCUGUGUCAUCACACGGGAGGAACAGCAACCAUUUGCAAUGAGGUGUUGCAGGCCACUUCAUUUCGGAUGCACCCUAGGCCGUACUUAAGCCCACAGGCUCUGUUCAAAACUAGUGCUUUAAGAACCAUUUUGAUAUUAAAAGAACAUUUUGAAAUGAUUA